AAGCAUGCGUCAUGUGACUGCCGAGCUCAGCGCCGAGCUGCUUACUGGUUUCUGGAGAUUUCACGUGAGAAACGGACCUCAAGCCCCCCUUUUCUCUCAUCCUGCGUCUGCGGCAGUUUUUAAAGGCUCUAUUCUGCUCUUUUCCACCCCCCCAGCCCCCUCCCCGUUUCACACGGAUAAUGAGGACGUUCAACGCACUGGGAGUAUGACAAAAGAUUUUAGCAUGUCGGACUGCUGCUUGCGGUUCUGCAACUAUAGUUUUUAAUUCAAUGCCAACGCGGUGAAUGCGUCGGACGGAGUGGACGAGCCCGCUGCUGGAGGUCCGCAUUGAGAAAGUCAUCAUCUUCUCUUUGGUUUUUAUUUUUCACUUCAGAAGGAUGUAACGACCGACCUGCUGUGUGCAGGCUGAAGCGUCCCCCGUCAAAAUGCAAAAGGGAAUACGACUCAACGACGGUCAUGUCACCUAUCUGGGGCUUUUGGCGAAGAAGGAUGGUACAAGGCGAGGGUGCUUGAGCAAAAAGAGCUCGGACAACACGAAAUGGCACACAAAGUGGUUCGCUUUGUUGCAGAACAUGUUAUUUUAUUUUGAGAACGAGUCCAGCUCUCGGCCGUCGGGAUUAUACUUGUUGGAGGGGUGCUUAUGCGACAGGGCGCCUUCACCAAAACCUUCUCUGUCAGCCAAGGAGUGCUUGGAAAAGCAGUACUACUUCACUGUCAACUUCACCCAUGAAAACCAAAAGGCUCUUGAGUUGCGCACAGAAGAUGUAAAAGACUGCGAUGAAUGGGUGGCUGCAAUAUCACACGCCAGUUACAGAAACUUGGCCACAGAGCAUGAGUCUCUCAUGCAGAAGUAUCUUCAUCUGCUUCAGAUUGUCGAGACAGAGAAAACAGUUGCUAAGCAACUUCGUCAACAGAUAGAAGAUGGAGAAAUAGAGAUUGAAAGGCUAAAGUCAGAGAUUUCUGGACUGCUCAAAGACAAUGAGAAGAUCCAUGCCAGCCCAGCAGCCGCCCCGACAGAAGACGACUCAGAAAUCAAAAAGAUCAAAAAGGUUCAGAGCUUUCUGAGAGGCUGGAUCUGCAGGAGAAAGUGGAAGACCAUCAUCCAGGAUUACAUCCGCUCACCUCACGCAGAGAGCAUGAGGAAGAGGAACCAGGUGGUGUUCAGCAUGCUGGACUCAGAGGCCGAGUACGUCCAGCAGCUUCACAUCCUGGUGAACAACUUCUUGAGGCCACUGCGCAUGGCCGCCAGCUCUAAAAAGCCGCCAAUUACACAUGAUGAUGUCAGCAGCAUUUUCCUCAACAGUGAAACUAUUAUGUUCCUGCAUCAGAUUUUUUACCAGGGUUUGAAGGCCAGAAUAGCAAGCUGGCCAACAUUAGUACUGGCUGACCUUUUCGACAUCUUGCUACCCAUGCUGAACAUCUACCAAGAGUUUGUUAGAAACCACCAGUACAGUCUGCAGAUCCUGGCUCACUGUAAGCAAAACCGGGAUUUUGAUAAGCUGCUGAAGCAGUAUGAGGCCAAGCCCGACUGUGAGGAACGAACUCUAGAGACUUUCCUCACCUACCCAAUGUUCCAGAUUCCAAGAUACAUUCUUACACUCCAUGAGCUUCUGGCCCACACUCCCCACGAACACAUAGAAAGGAACAGCUUGGACUACGCCAAAUCUAAGCUGGAGGAGCUUUCGAGAAUAAUGCAUGACGAGGUGAGCGAGACGGAAAACAUCAGGAAGAACCUGGCAAUAGAACGCAUGAUCAUAGAGGGCUGCGAAGUCCUCCUCGACACCAGCCAGACAUUCGUGAGACAAGGGUCUUUAAUCCAGGUGCCAAUGAGCGAGAAGGGCAAGAUCACCCGUGGGCGACUGGGUUCUCUCUCUCUAAAGAAGGAGGGGGAGAGGCAGUGCUUUCUCUUCUCCAAGCAUUUGAUCAUCUGCACUAGGGGUUCAGGAGGCAAGCUUCAUCUCACUAAGAACGGAGUGGUCUCGCUUAUAGACUGCACUCUGAUGGAGGAGCCUGAGGGGACAGAUGACGAGUCUAAAUCCGAUAAGAGCGGCCAGGACAUGGAGCACCUGGAUUUUAAGAUUGUUGUGGAGCCAAAGGACAGUCAGUCAUUCACGAUCAUCCUGGUGGCCUCCUCCAGGCAGGAGAAGUCUGCGUGGACCAGUGACAUCAGCCAGUGCAUAGACAACAUCCGCUGCAAUGGGCUGAUGAUGAACGCUUUUGAAGAGAACUCUAAAGUCACGGUGCCACAGAUGAUAAAAUCCGAUUCGAGUCUGUACUGUGAUGAUGUGGAUAUCCGCUUCAGCAAGAUGAUGAACUCCUGCAAAGUGCUGCAGAUUCGCUAUGCCAGCGUCGAACGUUUGCUGGAAAGACUGACCGAUCUCCGCUUCCUUUCGAUUGACUUCCUGAACACUUUCCUGCACUCCUACCGCGUGUUCACCACAGCUGACGUGGUGCUGGAUAAACUCAUUACUAUCUACAAGAAGCCCAUCAGUGCCAUCCCUGCUCGGUCCCUGGAGUUAUUCUUUGCCAGCAGUCAGAACAAUAAGCUUCUAUAUGGAGAGGCUCCUAGCUCUCCCAGAGCAAGCAGGAAGUUUUCCUCCCCUCCUCCUCUUGCUAUUGCCAAAAACUCAUCCCCCAACCGCCGACGCAAGCUCUCUCUCAACAUCCCCAUCAUCACUGGGGGCAAAGCUCUUGACCUGGCUGCCCUCAGCUGCUCCUCAAAUGGCUAUGCAAGCAUGUAUUCCACCAUGUCGCCAUUCAGCAAGACCACCUUGGACAUCAACAAGCUGUAUGUGUCCAGCCCGAUCACAAGCAAGAUCCCUGAUGAGGGAGAGGACAAGAAAGACAAGGUGGAAGACACAUCAGUGUGCAAACAAGAUCUUUCUGUGCGAGAGGAAAGCGACAAUGAUCAAAACCAGAGCGAUGACGGGGAUCCAGAAGCAUCUCCCACCAAGUCUCCAACCACACCAAAAAACAUCAAAUGCAAAAACUCCUCAGAGUUUUCUCUGUUUUCCUACAACAAUGGCAUGGUCAUGUCCUCAUGUCGAGAGCUGGACAACAACCGUAGCGCUUUGUCUGCUGCCUCGGCCUUUGCCAUUGCCACAGCUGGAGCCAAUGAGGGAACGCCUACCAAGGAAAAAUAUCGGCGGAUGUCCCUUGCCAGCACAGGGUUUCCAACAGAUCAGAGAAACGGUGACAAGGAGUUUGUGAUCAGACGGGCAGCAACCAACAGAGUCCUGAAUGUACUGAGGCACUGGGUGUCCAAACACUUUCCGGACUUUGAGAGUAACAAUGAGCUGAAGACGAAGGUCAUUGCCUUCCUGGAGGAAGUGAUGCAUGACCCUGAGCUGCUGACCCAGGAGAGGAAAGCAGCAGCCAACAUCAUCAGGACUUUAACUCAGGAAGAUCACAGUGACAACCAGAUCACAAUGGAGGACGUGACACAAUUGGUGGGAGGGGGGAAGGCAGAGCCGUUUGAGAGCCACUCUGCCUUGGAAAUUGCAGAGCAGCUAACUCUGCUUGACCACCUGGUGUUUAAAGUCAUCCCAUAUGAGGAAUUCUUCGGUCAAGGCUGGAUGAAGAAUGACAAAAAUGAGAAGACACCAUACAUCAUGAGAACCACCAAGCAUUUCAAUGAUACAAGCAACCUGAUCGCAACAGAGAUCCUGCGGUGUGACGACUUGGUCACUCGAGUGGCUGUCAUAGAGAAAUGGGUGGCUGUGGCCGACAUCUGCCGUUGUUUGCAUAACUACAAUGCUGUGCUUGAAAUCACCUCAUCUCUAAACCGGAGCUCUGUUUUUCGCCUCAAGAAGACCUGGCUAAAAGUCUCCAAACAGACAAAAGCGCUUAUUGACAAGCUCCAAAAGCUGGUUUCAUCAGAGGGAAGGUUCAAAAACUUGAGAGAGGCUCUGAAGAACUGUGAUCCUCCCUGUGUACCAUAUUUGGGGAUGUACCUCACUGAUUUGGCUUUCAUUGAAGAAGGAACGCCGAACUACACUGAAGACAAUUUGGUCAACUUCUCGAAGAUGAGGAUGAUAUCUCACAUCAUCAGAGAAAUCAGGCAGUUUCAACAAACAGCAUAUAAGAUUGACCUGCAACCAAAGGUAGCCCAGUACCUACUGGACAAGAGCUUUGUUCUUGAUGAGGAAAGCAUGUAUGAAGCCUCACUCAGAAUUGAGCCUAAAGUGCCCAACUGAUGGGGAAAGUGAACCUUCACACUUCGUUUCCUUUGUUAACAUUACAUAUAAGUUAACAUCUACAUUUGCAUUUGUAUAGCUGUACAUGGUAAAGAUAUUUGUUCUUCUGUACAGUAGAUGUUUAAAGUUGUUUGAUGACACAAAUCAUUUUGGUGUAUAUUUUUUGUUGUCAUGUUGACACCUCCCGUAGGGACCUUUGUUUUAAAUUGUUUGAGUAUUUUAAUAAUAACAAUAAUAAUAAUAAUAAUAAUAAUAAUAAUAAUAAUAGAGGUCACUGUAGUUGCAUGCAACCGUGUUUCUUAGUGACCAAUGACAUUAUUUUUGCAUCAUAUAAUACUGUGUCGAAUUUGCACUUUCUGAGCACUAAUGCUGCUGGCCUUUGUUCAGCAGGCUUGAGUUUUAUUGAUCAUUGAAGUUCUCUGCAACCAAUGUAGCAUUGUAUAAAUGAAUUGCAAAAAAGAAGAAAAAACAAAAAUCAGGUAAAAGAGCCCGGAGGAAAUAGGCUAAUUGUAUUUUAAAAGAGAGGGAACAAUGAUCAGUGGAAAUGACAGCAAGAUAUCCAAAGCAUUUGUGUCUCUGUGCUUCCCAAACCAAAAAAGGAAGAUAUUUGUGUCUUCAUUUUUGUUCAUCAGUUUAAACCCUGGUGAUUCCCAAUUGUUUUAUAUCAAUUUUCACUGACUUUUAUUGUUAAUCAACCUAAUCCGACCACCCAGGAAUGCAAUUUAGAUGGAGCAUUGCUUAUAUUUGUUAUAUUUUGAAAAUGCUCAUGUCAUCCUGCUCACUUCUAAGGUACACAGAAUUGUGUAUCGUUGUUUCUUUUUCUAGAGUAAUCCUAAUCCUUAUACCUAUUCGGCAUUCAGAAGUAGGUUGCUGAAAUCACACAGCAAGCAUGGUCUCCUUUAGAUACAGUAUUAUCAAUGAUAAAGACAUUUUUAGCAAAUUUCACAAAAUAAGGUUUUGCUCGGGAUGUUUUGAGCGCAGAGGCGCUUCUAAACUGGUUCUAAACCAUAAAAUAACAUUAAUGCUCCAGAAUUGGCAAUCUGGUUAGAGUACAUAAACAUUGCUUACAUGUCAGUUAGACAAAGGUAUACUGAGAAAUCUGACAACAGGGUUUUUUAUUUCUAAUUUGUAAUAAAUAUAUGCAAACAAAAACAGCUACAAUUUUAGAUCGUCACAUUUAAAAAGAUAUUAUGCAGACUUUAUUAAAGGGCAUAUAUCAUCUAUUUUUUACAACUUUUCAAUUGUUUUUAGGCUUGUAGUUGAAACUUAUCUUUCAAUUUCCAUAACAGAAAUUUAGAAAUUUUGUAAAAGCCUUGAAAGAAAAACUAGCAGAAAAGUGAUAUUUGCCCACAAUCAAAAACUGCCUUGGAAUAAUGGCAAACUGGAGCGCUAAAUUCAUGCACUCAAUGCAUAACACAUUAGCUUUCCAAGACAAAAUGUGAUAACUAAGUUUGAGUUCAUCCGGGAAACAUCUAUAUAGACAUAUUAAUAACUGAGGAGGAAAUGAGAAAAGGCAUGGUCUGACAGGGAGUAGCCCGGAGACAUGAUGGUGCUCCAUGGUGAGCACAACGUAUUUUAUUCACUGUAUUAGUGAAUAAACUCUUGCACCAAAGUCAUGCAAUUUGAAACACCCAAAUUCUGGCAGCUUUCAGAUAGGUGUAAUUUCUUAUCUGCUUCUAAUCAACAAUAUUAUUUUGAUGUGCACAGGCAUGCGUUACUCAAAAAAAUAAAAAUAAAAAAAGGCUGUGCAACUAGCCUAGUUUAUAUUAGCAUGCAGUGAUUGCAAAGGUUCCACGUUGCUCCACAUAGGCUUUAACUAAGCUACAGUGAAACAGCUGUCAAAAAUUUAUUUUGAGGUUUUCGACAUAUUAUUUUGUACCAACAGAGGACACUUAAAAGUAAGAGACUGUUUAUUACCUGUUAAAGGUUUUUGUUAUUGCCAUGGUAUACACUAUCGUGUCCUUAGUCUUAGUUUUGGAUUGUUCCUUCUCUUAAAUCUGAAUUUCUAGUGAUUUAUAUCUGAAAACACAAGUUUCAAAUGGAGAGAAUAUAUUUGGUGACUGAGGAAAAGUCCAUCCUCCCUGACUGUGCCUACUUCCAUUGAACUAAUCCAAAUUUGCCAAAUCUUAGAAAGUCCCCCCCCGCCGCCCCCCUUGCCUCUCAUUCACCUGUUUACACCCUCUGGGAGUGCUAUGUCUCAAGGUGGAUGUCAUAAUAGAAUAGGGAAGUAAGUUUUUCUUUUAUGCUCAGGGGGUUUGUUUUACCUUUCAGAAAGUUGAGUUUUAAAAAUUACUUUUCCACCUUUAAAACCAAUGGUAAUGUAGAUUUUCUGGCUUUAAAAUAUGACAUAUGCUUUUUAACUAUUAAACAUCUGUUAGAUUGUGGAGUUCCUUUCUGUCUUUGAUUUUAAUCCCAUGACUGUUUUAUUGUCUGGUAAAUGUUGUAAAAGGUUUGCAAUGGUCAUCAGCCCAGGAUUUGCAAACCUCAGCUCUGAGAUACAUGUUUUUAUUAACCUGAAAAUUGAUCAAGUGUAUGAAUUUUGACAGGAAAGUGUUUUACCCCUCUUACAUGGGGGCUCCAGAAUCUCUUUAAACAUCUUGGUUUAAUUAAGAAAUUCAGCUGAAAACUGGAUGACAAAUUGUAGUGAUUAAGAAGAUUUAUGUUCUUAUGCAUUGGAAUGAUUUAAGGUAAAACAAAAAUAUAUAUAUUUCUGUUGCUUAAAGGUUUGACACGACAGUUUGCUCAAAUUUCCUUUCUUAGAAGACUCACUAAAAGACCACAUACGGUUCUAAGUGUUAUACCUUCAAGUUUGGGUUUUACUUCUGUAGAGUAAAAGGUUGUUACUCUUCUGUAAUUAAAAAGACAAUCUGUCCUUCUUGCUGUUCCAGUGAUUGUGGAACGUGACUGUAUAUCACUCUGUUAUAUGCAUUGCUGUUAAAAACUAUGAUAAAAUGUAUGUGAAUGACCUCUGCCUGCAGCAUUCAAACACUAUUUUUGUAGUAGUAUACAAGAGAGUGAACCUGCUCUUUAUAUGAACCUGGGGAAGUAUUUUGUACUUUGUUGUUAAUUCACUUCACUGAGACAUGCUGUACAUUUUGUACAUGCGAGCUGGCAUAUUUCUCAAUGUGGAACAGUGUAUCCCUCUCAAAAACAAGCUCUAUGUAAAAUGCUACAACAGUGUGGUCUUGAAACCAUGACUUAGAGGUAGAGACACAACUUCAAAGUGUUUUGCAUUUAUACUGUAAUCCUGUUUAUAAUCAUUUCUGUUAGCAGGAAUAUAGUAACGUAGUGCUUAUUCUGUGAAUAUCUGUAUGUAUUUUUACGAUGUAUGUACAGUACACUUUUAUGGCUCAUGUAGUAGGCAUGCAACACCUUCACAGACAGAAUUGAACUAUUUAAUGAUAAUGUAUACACUUAUACAUGCACAUAAUCUUAUAAGGUAUUUAAACAAAUAAACAUUUUUGCUGUUAGCAAUACCCAGUGGUAUGAAAAUUAUCUUUCAAUCCUUUCGUUUCCACAGCUUAAGAAAUAUUCCCAGUUUUGUAAGAAAAAAAAAUAUGAAAAAAUAAAAUUAUGAAGAUGAACAUAACAACAAAUAAGCAAAAAUAUGUUUCCCAAUUACCUCUUGUUAAUAAAUCCAUUUUAUCUCAGG